GAUGGCUACCUAUGCUGGGCUCAGCAGUCGCUUUGCAGCAGCUGUGCUUUUCCCUCACGAUGUGGGCAUGAUCUCCUUCGACGAUCUCUACGCCGUGGCACUCCCCAUCUUCAUGCCCGAACCAGAGCUCAUAGCAACCAUAGCUUAUGCACAGCUGGCGAGCACCAGGAACUAUCCCUGGUAUCUACUGCGCGAGCAGCACGCGAAGCUUCACUAUGUGCGGGCCGAUGACGUAGAUCCCCCCUGGGAUCCUGGAUGGAACUGGCAAAGCUGGCGCAACUCGAGCGCCAUCUACACGGGAACUGGCAUGCUUCUUACUCAGCCAAGGGAUGCAGACUAUUUAUCCGUGCUUGGUUUUUGGUGGUGGCAGACCUCUGAGGUCUUUGUUCUUGGGUCCGUCUUAGGUAUCAGAGAGCCCACAGAGACUUAG